CCCGCCCCUCUCUCUCUCUCUCUCUCUCUCCACACACUCGUUUUCUCACAUCAUAAUAACCCAGAAACUCUCAACCAACCGCACAUACUCACACAACCUCUCUCUUUCUCUCUCUCUCCAAACUCUGACUUAGCAUUUAAGCACAUUUUGGCAAAAGGGUGAGAGAAAAUGCCAAAACCAAGCGCAUGUUUGAGGGAGUUAAGUGGAAGGGAGGCUUGGAAAUCAAAAUCAAGGAGGUGGGGUGGGGGUGGGGGUGGGGGUGGUGGUGGAAAUAACAAGUCUUUCAGUGGCGGAGUUGGGCGGUCUGAGGGAAAAGGAGGAAGCUUUCAGCAUAUGGAAGGGCUUCAAAGCAUGUAUGGCAACAACAAUGGUGGUGGCGGUGGUGGAUUUGAAACGAGGAAGAGAGUGAUGGUGGUGGUGGAUGACUCAUCACAUUCCAAGCAUGCCAUGAUGUGGGCCCUCACUCAUGUUGCCAACACGGGUGAUUUGCUUACUCUCCUCCACAUCAUCCCUUCUUGCCAUGACUUUUCCUCCUCACCAUGCCUUGCCAACUCCCUUAGCUCCCUCUGCAAGGCUUGCAAGCCUGAGGUGGAAGUGGAAGCUCUUGUGAUCCAAGGUCCAAGACUGGCCACAGUUAUAAGCCAGGUCAAGAAGCUUGAGGUUUCAGUGCUAGUGCUUGGUCAGAAGAAGCCAUCUCCCCUCAUCAGCUGCAUAUUUGGAAGCAGCAGCAGCAAAGAGUUGUUCGUGGAGCAUUGCAUAAACAAUGCAGAGUGUUUGACAAUUGGAGUGAGGAAGCAGAGCAAAGGAGUGAGUGGUUACCUUAUCAACACCAGAUGGCAGAAGGAUUUCUGGCUCUUGGCUUAAUAAGAAAGGAUUAAGGAUUAGUGCCUAAUAAGUAAUUAAGAUUGUAGAUUAGCUUUGUAAUUAUCUCCAUCUAACUAUUUACUAACUAGAUCGUCUUUCUCUCUCUGUUAACUAUUAAGUGAAAUUAGGGUAAGAGUUGACGAUGGUGUACUGAGACUUUUAUCAAGUGCAAUUGCAUUCAAUCUCUAUUUCUGAGUUAA